GGAAGUCGUGCCCUCAUUCCGCCCGCCUUGACAUCAGUGCCCUGAUCGGAGAGUGCAACAAUGUUGCCACAGGAAGCCGUCCGGACCGCUUAUUAUCUUUCUCGUAUCAUCUCAUCUUAACGGACCUUCAUCACAUUGUUGCGCGUGCAGAGCGGAGCCAAUGUGGCCGCUGAGGGAGCGCGACGCGUCUGGCUCUCAGCAUUACCGGAUGAGGUGGUCGGGUUGAUUUCGAACCCAUUCUCACGGUCAGAUCCAUCCUACAGUAUCGUCCACAAUGAGGAUCCUCGCUUCUCUGCUGAAAAACACCAACCCCAAAAUCGAGUACUACUCCCGGUUCUCGCCGUCCCCGCUCUCCAUCAAGCAGUUCUUAGAUUUUGGGCGGGACAAUGCGUGCGAGAAGACGUCGUACAUGUUCCUGCGCAAGGAGCUGCCGGUGCGGCUGGCCAACACCAUGCGAGAGGUCAACCUGCUACCUGAUAACCUGCUGAGCCAGCCCUCCGUCAGGCUGGUCCAGAAAUGGUACAUGCAGAGCUUUGUGGAGCUGCUCGGUUAUGAGAACAGAAAGCCGGAGGACCCUCACGCUCUGAACGAUUUCCUGGAGCUGUUGAUAGAGAUUCGUAACCGCCACAACGACGUCGUCCCCACCAUGGCUCAGGGAGUCAUCGAGUACAAGGAGAAGUUCGGCUUUGACCCCUUCAUCAGCAGCAACAUCCAGUACUUCUUAGACCGCUUCUACACCAACCGCAUCUCCUUCCGCAUGCUCAUCAACCAGCACACUCUCUUGUUCGGCAACGACACCAACCCGGCUCAUCCAAAACACAUCGGCAGCAUCGAUCCCACCUGCAACGUGUCUGAGGUCGUCAGUGAUGCCUAUGACACAGCCAAGAUGCUGUGUGAGAAGUACUACUUGGCUGCCCCCGCCUUGAAGAUCGAGGAGUUCAACAUGAAGGCUCCGAAGAAGCCCAUCCAGGUGGUGUAUGUGCCCUCUCACCUGUUCCACAUGCUGUUUGAGCUCUUCAAGAACUCUAUGAGGGCUACAGUGGAGCUUCAUGAGAAUAGCAAAGAGGGUUUACCACCAGUGAAGGCAAAAGUUACCCUGGGUAAAGAGGACCUCUCCAUAAAGAUCAGUGACAGAGGAGGAGGAGUCCCGCUGAGGAAGAUAGAUCGUCUCUUUAAUUACAUGUACUCCACUGCCCCUACACCAAGCCUGGAGCCAGGAGCUGUCCCACUGGCUGGCUUUGGUUAUGGUCUGCCCAUUUCCAGACUCUACGCUCGAUAUUUCCAGGGGGAUCUGAAGCUUUAUUCCAUGGAGGGAGUCGGCACUGAUGCUGUCAUUUAUCUCAAGGCCCUGUCCAGCGAGUCGUUCGAAAGGCUGCCUGUGUUCAACAAGUCAGCAUGGCGGCAUUACAAGACCAGCCCCGAGGCAGACGACUGGAGCAACCCCAGCAAAGAGCCACGUGACGCCAGCAAGUCCAAAUACAAGGCCAACAGAUAACUCUGCCUGGCCCUGCUAGCCCUCUGGGAGCCCAAAUGCCCGCUCUGAAUGCCCAGUGCAUGCAUGAUGAAUGUUGCCCUUGGGUAAACGCUUGGUUUAGGAUCAGUCUCGCAUUGAAAUCCCAGUGGUUAAUAGUAGGGCUUUGGAAGGGCCGGCUGAGCUGAACUUAGAUCUGUACCCAACGGCAACGACCUUCAUGAGCCUACUUUUUUGUUGUUAUGGCAUUACCAUUGGCUCUCCCACGAUGGAGUUUAAAAAAGGAACUUGAUCCCUGUCAUCUAACAUCUUUCAUGAAUUGCUGGUCAUUUGCUCAGCUGAGUCUUGUGAAUCUUAAUCAUCGGGGAUUUUUUUUUUCGCUCCACUAAGUGAGUGCUAGAUUGAAUUAAGUCCACUUUAGCACAGCCUUUUCUCCCACUGUCUUGUGCACAGCAGGCCUGCCUGGCUUUGCUGACUCGCCCGCCGCCCCCUGUGGCCGAAAAAGCCACGCACUGCUGAUUAUGUGUCUUUUUCAGCAUCGGCGAAGGGCUGCACUCUUGCUUUUCUGUGUCCGGCCGUGCAUAAAAGGGCCUCUGUUUCUCCCUCCCAAAUGCAGGCAGGGACACAGGGUUUGAGUUUCGAUGAAAAUGGGAGAACAAGGAGGUUUCAUUUCCUUCCCUUGGGAGGCACUUUGAUUGGACGCACAAAUAGGUCAGUGUGUCGCUGGCAUAGUGAUGUCUAGUUUCAGUUGCACUCAUUUAGCUGGGAAAAAGAGGGAGAGGAGCAACCAGUGUACUGCCACGUUAUAAUUAGGACUCAAAUGAGAUGAAACCAUGAUUAUAUAUUGGAGGAAUGACUACAAUCAAUGCGCACAGCAUAUUUAUAAUGAUCUAGAAUCAAAGAUAUUUAUUUUAUGUCAGUGAGAGAAGAAAGCCUUACCUUUAGAGAUAUAUCAAAGAUUUGUUUUUAUUAUUAUUACUUUUUUUAUUGGCCUUGAUGGCUCUACUGUAACUUAAAGUUCAUUUCAAAAGGGAGACAGUUUAGCACUGAUUCAUGUUUUUAUUUUAUAAGUAUUUGGUCACUCUUGUUGUGUGUGCUUUUAGAAGUGAACCUGCCACCCACUAACAGACAGCUUAGCAGCAAUACUGACCCUCAUCACACAUUUCUGCGUUGUAAACCAGCAUUAACCCACAUCCAUGUGUUUACGCAGCUCCGCACCUAACAAGACCAAUACUGAUGGACCAAAGGAGCAUCAUUAGGAUGUUUAUGAAGCGACACCAUGCCAGCCUUGUCUCUCCUGUAGCUCCUACCACACCAGCAUGAUUGUAUUGUAUUGUAACAAUCCUCACACGGAGGAAAUGGACUAAUUACUUCUAAUUGAGGACUUAAAAAGAAAGCUGGAUUUCCUCUUGGCUGAUGCUAACAACACUACCCCCGCCCCUCUCUGCAUUUCAUCGUGUAAGCAGUGUGGACCUGCUGUGAUGGACACACAGCAUGCACACGGUUUGGACGUGAUCCUAACAAUCUCAUACCAAGUCAGCCUUGUGUCCCACUGGUGGUACUACUAACCCUUUGACUGAGUUUGAGCAGUGUUUGUGUGUUUUAGAGGCCUCAGUGUAUUAUCCUGAGUGAAGAUGGAGGAGGUGGACUUUGAACAUUGAUUUUAAAACACAGAGGCGUCCGAUGGCUGACAGGCUUUCUUUCAUUUCAUCCAGGAACAAAGGGGCCAUGUCUGACCUAACAAAACAGCAUGGAGAACAAUUUUAAGUUUGACUGCACAUCUUUGACAUACGAACAGGACUUCCUUUGAUGAACUUUUGCUGAUUUUUUUCUCAUAUUUGUAAAAGGCUGUAGAAAGUCCGCUACUAUUUUGCUCUUUAUUUAAAUGCUUGGAGAUUAAGCAAAUUAAGUAGGGGUUGAAUGUGGUUCCAGGUGGGGUGGUCUGUACCGCUAAACAAUCUUGGAUCAAUGGAUCGUUUUUGUUUUUGUUUUUUUUCUUUUCAAACCAUCUGAGUUUUGUCACUUUUCAGUCAUGUUCAGCAGCUUUUAUGACUUGUCUUGCUGGUGUUAAUAAUCUAAAACAAUACACAGUCACUUCAGAUCAUUGGUCCACCUCUAUUGAGAGUUUUAGUGUUCAGAGCCAGGUGAGGCGCCAGGCCAGUGUUUAUAUUCUGACAGUGAUGGAGGUGUAGUGUUUUGAGCUGCAGAAGUACACUGUUGCCUGAUGAAACACGGCUCACGCAAGCAUAAAGCUUGGCUGUGCAUCGAUUAAGGCUGGAUUGUGGGGAAUCUCAGUAAUCUGAAGUGACUUCCUCUUCUCAUCUCCUUCAGCUCCAUCUGCUGUGAAAAGAAAGGAGUGUAGAUGAUGAAGAAAUUGCGAAAGACACCGCACACGGAAAGCUCCAUCUUCCUUCGCUUUUCCGCCAAACCUUUGACGCUGCCAAUACCUCCACAACCUGCCAUCAUACCUCUCAGUACAUGCUUUAGCUGAUCCCUGAAAAGAUGAAAGUGGUUUUUCAACGAUGAACUGAGGCUGAUAUGUGCUUGAUGGGUACGCGCUAGAGACUACGGUCCUCUUCAGUCAUGGACCCCAGUUCACUUUGAUGUGUGUUCUCCUUAUUUCUCAGUCAGAAUCAUAUUUUUCAGCUAGACGACUGAACACAUAAGGGAAAGCUUUUGAAAGGAAGAUGUGUGGUCUAAUUUUACAUCUGUCUCAUGUACAGCUGUGUUGUAUUAUGAACUAAAAAAGAAAACACACAGCUGGGACCUAUUGCUGUCAAACAGUUUGGAUUAAACCCACUUUAGAGGCCCAUGGAUCUUCCAUCCUCAGUCGUCUGAGAAAACCUUUCCCACUGAAGACCGUCUCUGUACUCAUGGUAUUGCUGAGUAGAUUGUACAUAUAUAUUACAGUAUGAUCAAUGUUGAUAUUAGCAGCUGGUGUUGAGUGACUUCUUUAUGUUUUCCUUCUCACUGUAUUUCCGGCUUAAAACCGUGUUUGAGCACUUUGUAUGCAUGAGCUCCUCGCCGCAGGGGAAAUCAUGCAACGGUAUGCAAUUAAAAUUCAGUGUCAUCUGCAAAUUAUAGUCACCAAUGCUCACCAACAUACAUCAAAACAGUAACACAGCCGUUUGAAGGUAUGAUUCAGCAUGAUGUCACCUUUCCUACUGUUAAACUGACAAUAAAGAGCAUUGCCAUUGUGUGUGA